AUGUCACCCCAGGUUGAGCGGUUCCUGCGCGCAGUCUCCAGCAUGCUCUGCUGGUCUCUGUCAUUCUACCCACAGCCUCUCAAGAACUGGCGUCGACGCUCCACCUCGGGCUCAACGAUCUCCUUUCCUACCUCCAACGUUCUAGGCUUCAUAUGCUAUGCAGUCUACACUUCUGCCUUCUUCUUCUCCCCUGUCAUCCGGGGCCAGUAUGCCGCUCGUCAUCCGGAAGCACCUGAGCCUACGGUGCGAGCCAACGACGUAGCCUUUGCCUUUCAUGCAGUCGCCCUCAGCGUGAUUACAUAUAGCCAGUUCUACCCGAUGAUAUGGGGGUUCAAGGCGUCUCCGCAUCAGAACAUCAGCCCUGCUAUCGGCGGCAUGGUCGCAGGAUGCGUGCUUACCAUCCUCGGCGUCUUCCUCCUGGCGUGGUCAAAGGGCGGAAACGAUGCUUCUAACUGGGCAUGGAUCGAUGUCAUUUAUACCAUGUCUUAUGUCAAGCUGCUGGCGACUGUAGUCAAGUAUUGCCCACAAGUCUAUCUAAACUAUCGGUUAAAAUCAACCGUGGGAUGGAGCAUAUACCAGAUUCUCCUGGACUUGAUCGGCGGUAUCCUGUCACUGAUUCAGCUGGUCAUUGAUUCCUCGCUCGAGAACGACUGGAGCGGUAUCACCGGCAACCCAGCGAAAUUUGGCCUGAGCAACGUCAGCAUUUUUUUCGACUUCAUCUUCAUGGUGCAGCAUUACAUCCUUUACCGUGAAAGGAACGGCUCAGCCAAGGAGAACAUCGAUGUCGAGGACCCAGCAACCCAGCCGUUGCUUACUUCCAGCACAUAG